UAUGGCGGCUCCCAGUGGAGGUCCGCCCACGUUGCUGUGAUCUCUGCUGUGGAGGCUUCGUUUGCGAUUUCUGUGCUGUGGGCUCGGAGCCCUACCAGGCCUCAAGAUGGAACAUAAUCAAGAAAAUGCAGACAGAAGAUUAAGUAUCAAUGAAAUCAUAGCCAGAAGAGUGAAACAACUUCCACAAGGGGAUCAGAAUUUACUCAUGACUGGAUCAGCUUAUGUUGGACUAAAUGCUGCUUUGUGUGGCCUAAUAGCAAAUAGUUUUUUUAGACGCACUUUAAAUGUGACGCAUGCUCGAAUAGCAUCAGCUUUACCAAUGGCUGUUCUCCCAUUUUUGUCAACCCACAUAACUUACCAGAGUGCUGUAAGUUUACCUUUGAGUUCAGGUAAUCUAAGCUGUGAACUCUGUACUUUCUUAAGAGGUGGAAUGAUUGGUAUGAUAAUCGGAGGUCUGUACCCUGUUGUUUUGGCCAUACCAAUAAAUGGUGCUCUGGCAGCCAGGUACAACUCAGCUCCACUACCACAGAAAGGAAAUAUUUGGACCUACUGGAUCACAGUCUCUCAACCUAUCUUUAGAAAGAUGAUCUUUCCCAUAAUGCUGCAGACUAUGUUUGCAGCAUACCUUGGUUCAAAACAGUAUGGAGUACUCAUAAAAGCACUUGAAUUACCUGAACCUGGCAUUUAAUUUCAAGAUGUUCACAAUGAUGAAAUUAAGUAUACAGCUAAAGGAAAAAAAUAACAUUACGUAAAACUAAGAUACUAAUAACCAACAAUAAAAAAUUUAAUUGUACUCAUUA